GCUCAGCGCGGUCCCGUCCGGCCAGUCCCGCCUUGCGCGCCCAUUUCGAGCCAGUUAUAAGCUCGACGAUCCAGGCUCCAGAAGCUGGCACCGACUUUCCAGGACUGGGUUCCUGGGCUGCGGCUAUGGGGUCGGGCGUGGCGCAGCUGGAGGGUUACUACUUCUCGGCCGCGCUGAGCUGCACCUUCUUGGCGUCCUGCCUGCUCUUCGCCGCCUUCAGCCGCGCGCUGCGGGAGCCCUACAUGGACGAGGUCUUCCACCUGCCGCAGGCGCAGCGCUACUGCGAGGGCCGCUUCUCGCUCUCCCAGUGGGAUCCCAUGAUUACUACGUUACCUGGCUUGUACCUGCUGUCGGUUGGAGUGGUCAAACCUGCCAGUUGGAUCUUUGGAUGGUCCGAGCAUGUCGUUUGCUCCAUUGGAAUGCUCCGAUUCGUAAAUCUUCUCUUCAGCGUCGGCAACUUCUAUUUACUGUAUUUGCUUUUCCGCAAGGUACAACCCAGACACAAGGCUGCCUCAAGCAUCCAGAGAAUCUUGUCAACAUUAACAUUAGCAGUAUUUCCCACACUCUAUUUUUUUAACUUCCUUUAUUAUACAGAAGCAGGAUCCAUGUUUUUCACCCUUUUUGCCUAUUUGAUGUGUCUUUAUGGAAAUCAUAAAACUUCAGCUUUGCUUGGAUUUUGUGGCUUCAUGUUUCGUCAGACCAACAUCAUCUGGGCUGUGUUCUGUGCGGGAAACAUCGUUGCCCAGAAGCUGACAGAAGCUUGGAAGACUGAGCUACAGAAGAAGAAAGAAGAGAGGCUUCCCCCUGUUAAGGGGCCCUUUUCAGAAUUCCGGAAAAUUCUUCAGUUCGUCCUGGCGUACUCCACGUCCUGCAGGAACCUGAGCGCGCUCUUCCUCCUCACGUGGCCCUACGUCCUCCUGGCCCUGGCGUUUUGUGCCUUUGUGGUAGUUAACGGUGGAAUUGUUAUUGGCGAUCGGAGCAGUCAUGAAGCCUGUCUACAUUUUCCUCAGCUUUUCUACUUUUUCUCGUUUACUCUCUUUUUUUCCUUUCCUCACCUGCUGUCGCCUAACAAGAUUAAGACUUUUCUUUCCUUAGCUUGGAAACGUAGAUUUCAGUUUUUUGUGAUUACCUUAGUCUCUGUAUUGUUAGUUUGGAAAUUCACUUAUACUCAUAAAUACUUGCUGGCAGAUAAUAGACAUUAUACAUUCUAUGUGUGGAAAAGAGUUUUUCAAAGAUACGAAAUAGUGAAAUAUUUGUUAGUUCCAAUCUAUAUAUUUGCUGGUUGGAGUAUAGCAGACUCACUGAAAUCAAAGUCAGUUUUCUGGAAUUUAAUGUUUUUCAUAUGCUUAUUUACUGUUCUAGUACCUCAGAAACUGCUAGAAUUUCGUUACUUCAUUUUACCUUAUGUUAUUUAUAGGCUUAACAUACCUUUGCCGCCUACAUCCAGACUUGUUUGUGAACUGGGUUGCUACACAAUUGUUAACUUCCUAACUUUUUAUAUCUUUCUGAAUAAGACUUUUCAGUGGCCAGAUAGUGAGGACAUUCAGAGGUUUAUGUGGUAGUAUGAGGAAUAUCCUGAAGUCAAGAAAUAGACAUUAUUUAGACUAUUUCCACAGUGACCAACUGAACAGGGAAAAAUGACAGACUUUGUUUUAGCUGUAAUGAUGAUCCUCAGAUUACAGUAGAUUUUUGUGUUUUAAACAGUAGAUGUAUGUGUUUUAAACAUAUAUGACAAGUCCAAGCAAGUUAAAUAAAAAACUGAGAAAAGUUGAAGACCUGCUCCAUAAGCCUGAAUAAUGAUGGGAAAAUAAAAUCAUUCACAAUUAUUUGAUGAUAUCUCUUUGAUACUGCUGGCUAUUCAAAAAGUUUAGAAACUUUUUAUAGGUAAACGUUUAAGAAAAUUGGCAUGCUUUAUAGUUCUGGAAUUUGUUCUUUUCAGAAAGCAGUAGCAGACAAAAUAUUUGAAAAAUAUUUACAAAUGAUCAGGCUCUCUUCUUGAGUGAAAGUUGCUUAAUAUUUGAGUAAAUAAUUUUAAUCAUAAGGCAAAAUAAACUCAUAUAGUUAGAAAAUGUUACAAAUAAGAGGCUCUUCUAUCUUUAGGAAUCAAGUUGUUGACUUCUGUUAAAAGUCUAGAAAUCAAGAUGCUCUUAAUGCUGAUUCCUAAUACGAAAUAAUGUGUUGGCCAAAGAUACAUUGUGUUGAUGAUAAUAACCUUUUAAAAGAUUUCCUUUCUGAAAUAUGUUACUAUAUUAGUUUCCUAUGGCUGCCAUAACAAAUGGCCACAAGUUUGGUGGCUUAAAAAAAUUUCUCUCACCAUUCUGGAGACCAGAAGUCUAAAAAUCGAGGUCUCAGCAGGGUUGCUCCCUCCGGAGGCUCUGCAGGAUGGGUGGUGCCCCCACCCAGCCCUGGAGGCUGCGCGCAGUCCUCGGAGUUCCCUGAUUUGUAGAUGGUGGUGCAUCGUUCCCGUCUCCUCCUCUGUCCUCAUCUUUCUCUUGUGAGGACAUGGUUACUGGAUUUAGGGCUGCCCUAAUCCAGGAGGGUCUCAGUCAAGAUCCUUAUCUACAUCUGCAAAGACCUUUUUCCAAAUAAGGUCACAUUUACAGGUUCCAAGUAGACAUAUCUCUUUGUGGGGCACUUUUCAACCCACUGAAGUUACCAAAGGAGAUUUUAGGAAAAACCUCAUAAUAUUUGUAGGAGAUAAUUUCUUUGCUGAGAUAUUUUAAAUAAAAGUAUAUCUUUACUAAGAGGUUAAAAUAGGGGACUUAAAAAGUCACAUAAUUAUGAAACUAAAAGUAACUGCUAUGAUUUCAAUGUCCAAAAGAAGAAUCUAAAGGCAGUUUCGAAGUCAUUUGAUCUGCAGAUCAAAUGACUUCUAAACUACAGUCUUGGCUCUGUAGAGUUGGACGCAGCAGCUCUGGUGGGGCUGUUCGCGUUGGUCUUUGGGUUUGGGGCCUGCUUGCCGAGUACAUUCCCUGGGUUUCAUUCCAUUGUAGAGAAGUAGUGACUUAUUAACUCAGACAUGCAAGUUUAGGACGGUGACUAGAAUUCCUCUUUCAACCUGAUUUUAUGUUUCUAAACUUCAAAAAAUAACAGUGAACAAAUUACUUCGUCUUCAAUGUUGGAUUUUGCUCUCUCUGGUUUUCAAAUAAUGAGUGGAUUUGGGAAGUAUUCUGCGCUUACAACCAUAAAGUCAUGCAAGUGAAAAUUGCAAGUAUAGUUCUGAGUAAUAAAUACAAAGCAGAAUUGUUGAACUCCAUUCAGUACUUAGAAAGUAGAUUGACUCUAGUUCUAACAGUGGUUGUAGGACACAUGUUCUUACCCAAGCUUUAAAAAAAAAAAAAAAUUAGGCAAGAAAGCACACUCAAAGAAAUUAUUAUUUUAUAAUGCAAUUCUGAGUUCCAGGAAGUCAGACUUGAAAAAAGGGAUGUGUAAUGUAGGAAAGACAGCUUUCUGGUCUGAUACUAUUAAUGUGAGGUUUUUGUGUUUAGAAAUAUUUCUGAGAUGAAAAAAACCUUUUCUUCUCUAAUCUGGUCUGGCAAAAAUGAGAAAGCCAUUCUACCCCAUAGAUUGGAGGAAUUACUGUUCCAAUUCAUUUUUGAGUAUUGAGUUCCUGCUGUUUUAAGAAUGUUUAUAGCAAAUCACAUUCAGAAGGAAAAAGGUUAUGUGUUUUCCAUGAAGUACAUAAAAUACAGUAUUUAACAUUUUAGAAAAGAAUGCUGUGAAUUAAAAGGUGCUAUAGAACAUUGCUUUUAGAAACACCAUAAGUUAAUGUUUUAGAUGUUUUUCAAGGUAUAUUUUUUGACAUAAAUUUAAGAAAAAUCAGACUUACUUGAAUUUCUUGAUUGAAAUGUAAUUGUAAAAUAAAAUAUUGAUAGUCAGCUAGGGUGCCUGUGCAGCCUUGCAGUUAUUACCGUCUUUUGUUAGGAUUAUUUUAAACAAUAUCAUACAAAGACUUAGGCCAUAAAUGCUUAAGCACAGUAAGAAAUCUUUUUGAGCUGUUUCGACCUUAUGUGAAAUUCUAUCAAGUGCUAUCUGUAUAUUAUUACUAAGGUUCCAGUGUGCUGUUUCUUCACACAUUAUUUGUGUUUCCUUAUAGUGGAUACCCAGAAAUCUUUUCCAAUGCAUCUGGAUAUAUAUUUAAAUUAUUUUGAAAUUCAAUGAUCCUGAGUUUAAACACAGCAUGUCACUUUAGUGAGAUAAAUUAUGUUAUUUCUCUGGCCCCUUCCUCCUCUUCUUGAAGUAAUUUCUGGGAUGUGCUUAGUCUGCUGUAAAGUAUCUUAAUAUAAAUAGUUUAAUGCAAUUUAUUUCUAAUCAAUAGCUUAAUGUGGUAAUCUGCUAAUUUGAAUUUAACUGCAUGGGGCUUGACCUUUGUUCUUAAUAUUCUAAAGACAGGAAAGGAGAUGAAAAAGAGAACCUCAGUUUUUAUUUAUACCCCCUAAAUAGUAGACUGGUAUUUUAGACUCACUUUUAAGUAAAAUGUUCAUGUAAGAAAUAAAUUCAUGUUUGGUAGGUUAGAGAGCAUUUAUUAUCUUUGAAGCAAUGAAAAUUUCAUUAGAAAGUGAAAAGAAAGAAAUAUCACACAAGUAGGAAAAAGUUUUUCUGAUGGAAAUUUAAAUAUGGCUUAGGAACCAUGAGCUUGUAAAAAGAAGCACUUAACAGGGGAGUUAGAAUUUCUGUUUUUUUAUUUAUUUGAUUGUGACUUUGGAAUCAAUAAGGUGAGUAUCUCAGUCUUUCGUCCUAAUUUCAAAUGUGAAUAGCGUUUGUCCUGACUGGUCAGCACGCGGCAGGUGCUGGGCCUGCUGCAAAAAGAAGUCAGCCUGUCAUGUAUGUGUGAAGUCCAUAAAUAUACGCCGAGUAAUAAAUACUGAGUAAAUGUAUCUUGAGUGAAAGUUUUAGUAUAGAAAGAAGUGAAUAUGCUAGAAAAAAUAUAUAAUCAUAAACUAAUUUUAGGAAAUGUUCAUAGAGCCAUCAUAAACUUUACUCUGCCUGAAUUUUCUGACCUAGUUUUAAAAUGUUUUAUUUAAUACAGGUUUAAUACUUACACACCUAAUUACUUGUAAAUAUGUCAUAUUACAGGAUGUGGUUUCAAAAUUAUUGUUUAUUUAAAAUAAGUUCGUUAAAUUACAAUAGCAGAACUGGAUUUUAAGGGAAAAGAGAUUUCAACCAUUUACAAAUAUUUCAUGUUAUUAAGCUACCUUUUACUAUGUGAAAGAUAAUUAUCUUUUAUUUAGGCUUUUAAAAUAUAUUUAAAUGUUGACAAGACAAACAUUUCCAAAUUAGUAAAACUUGUAUAACUGAAAAAAUUAUAAUAAAAAUGGAUAUAUUGAGGAUAUAUUUUUUAACAAUAUCCACAAAUCCAACAUUAAAUUCUUUAACAUUUGGAAAUUAUUUCUAGUGCAAGAAAUUUUGCCACAGUGAAGUAAUCCAAUAAUCUUUGUAUUGUGCUUUUCAAAAUAUGAGCAUUUGAUGAAUUUGAUGUUAUCUUGAGCUCAGUGCAUUACCAUCAGAUAGGUGUUUUUCUGAGAAAAAUGUUAAACAUCGUAUUGAUUUUUCAUACUGACUGAAACUUUAGUUCAGUUGAAGCGUGUGUGUCAAAGUAAUAGCACCAGUCAUUACCUAUGCUGAUCACCUGCGGCGCCCUGGGCAGGCACUGGCUGAUUCACAAAUGCCGCCCUGUUUGAUCCUACUCAUUUCUUAGGAGGCAGAUGCUGAUUUCUCUCUGGCUGCUGAAGAAAACUAAAGUUGGGCGGGUCAGGCAACUUGCCGAAAGUUAGUGCUCUCUCUUAAGAACACAGAUCGACUCCCCAGCUUGGGCGUUACUCUGCCUCACUGUGAGAGCUUUUCGUUAAGAAAGAGCUGGAACUGUCUUUACUUUGCAUUAACCAGACCAUUCCUGGCAUGUUAUUUUUUCUUGAUGACUGUAGUCAUUUUCAGAUAUGCUAGAAACUAUUUAAAGGCUCAUGAACACAUGAGUGUUUAUAGUUGUUGGAAGAAAUGGCUGAAAGAAUACAUAGGAUGUUUAACUUAGAGAAGCAGAGAUCCUGUAACUUGAUAAACUCUCAUAAUUGAAUGAUUAUUUGGAAGAAGGAUUGGACUAUUCUGUAUUCCCUGAAGUGUAAAUCAAGGGCCAGCAGAUUUCAACUCAUGAAAACCAUACAUUCUCUAAUGUAUCCAGAAAAUUUCCCGGCUUUCUGGAGGCAAGAUUUACAUAUACCAGGGAUGCCUAGAAGAGAUUUAGAUAGCAAUGGUAGACAGAUAAAAUGGCCUUUUAUGAUGCCUCACAACUCUUUGAUUUGAAAUUCAUAAGUUUGCUACAGCUGGUUUUUUUUGCAUUAAUUGGUUAGUCGUGGUGAAGUAUUUCUGGCGACUUGCAUGCUGUCUUUGAUACAUUUUUAAAUUUCUGAACAAAACUGUACUUCAACUGUUUUUAGCUAUAGUGUCUGAGAGUACUUGCUAAUACAGUAUUUAAUUUUUCUGUUUUUCUAAUUCCUUUCACGUUAGUGAAGAGAGCGUGCUCCUGUUUGAAAAGGUUUUUCCUCUGACAGAAAAAUGAACAUGAUCUAUAAACUUUUUAAAAAUGCAGUAUCCACUAGGUGGUGGUGGUAUUCUACGUCCUUGUUCAAAUGUCCUCGUAAUUAAAUUUUCCUUAUUAGUCUGUGAAAGCAUUUUUUAUAGUUUUAAGUUUUGAACUACAAAGUAAUUUAUAGUCAUCCAUGUGUAUUUAUUAGAUAAUAAUAUUCAAAAUAUUUCCUGAAUUGUAUGAAGCUAAAGUAUAAGUAAAAUAAUUGUUUUGUGUUUUGUAAUAGUGACUUAAGUAAGACUUAACCUAAGGUGACUUAAUGUAUCUUUCCCUGUCACAUUUGUAUUUCAAGUCUUUUUCCCACAAACAGUGGUGAUGACAGAUUUGAAAACUCCCAUAGCACGUUGUAUGGGCCACUGUUUCAAGUGCUUCACCCUUUUUUUAUGUCUCAUAAUAACCCUAUGGGAUCAAUACUGUUAAUAUCUCUGCUCUACGCAUGAAGAAACUGAGUGUAAAGAGAUUAAGUGUUUUGCCCAAAAUCAUCAAAUAACUGGCUGAGCUGCAAUCGAAACCUAGGCAGGCCGACUCCAGAAUCCAUGUCAACCACUAUCCCUUGGCUCGGGAGCAGGGAAGGAAGGGCACAAAGUCUACUGUCCAAUUGUAGAAUUUUGGAAAGAAAAAUCAUGGAGAAUAUGGUUAUCCUCACUAUUUUAUAAGUAAGGAGAUGAGCCGACAGUAAUUCUCACUCUUCCAAUGGCAAGUGAUCUUCCAUCCACUGUCGGGUCUUCCAUUACUGUUUCUGCUAUGGUGCCCCCAAAAUGAUUAAGUGUGUACAUAAGAAUUUAAGGGAGGAAAAACAGCUUAGGGUUGGAGUCGCUAGACGAAUGCAUUUACCUUGAAAUAAACACCUUUGUUUUAAUGAGAACAAUUCCAGCUACCAAAUGGAGGAACAUAGUUGUUUAAAAAUUAAUACUUAGUUUCUCUAAAGACACUUUUAUUUGGAAACAAACUUGGUUAAACACGACAUUUUGGAAUUUUUAAAAUUUUGACUGGAAAACCUUUAUCUUUUAAAAAAAUGUUCUUGAUGCUCUUAAGUUUUAUAUUUUAUUAGAUGAUUGAAAAAUGGAGAGGUUUAUUUGACUUCUAAAAUUGUGGGUGGAUGUCAUUUAAAACUGAUUUUUAAGUAAACCUAUUUAUAAGAAUAAAAGACUUUUUUCCUUUUUGAAAAGUUUGUUCAAAUAUGGUUUCAUUUUGCUUGUAAAUAAAUUCCUGUUUUAUAACA